UUCCUUUUGAAUCGGAGUGUGAAAAAAUAUGGUUGUGUACUUGGAAAGAUUGAAAUAAAUAAGAUUAUUUAGCAUUUUAAUUCCAGGUAUAAGAUUGGGAUAAAUUUAUGUCCCAAAAUAAGCUUCCGUACGUCCAAGCCUAGCCUCGGGUAAGUCGCUGUUAGUAACAGCGACUUAAGGCAAAAAAAAAAAAAAAAUAAAAAGUUGAAAGUCGCUGUUACUAACAGUGACUUAUAGCUUUAUAUUUUUCCAGAAUCCUUCUUCUUCCUCACUUCAUUUCGCGAUUUACUUUUUCUCCCGCAAUUCUCUACUUUCUCCUUCUUCAUUCCAACCUUGUAAGGAUCUUCAUUCCUUCAACUAAGGUCAUCAAGUUUCAAGUUUGUACCAGUAAUUAGUGCUGUAGUCUUCUUAGAUCGAUCUAAGGUUGACAAGCUUCCAAUUACGUAAUUCUUCUUGAUCUACAGCUAAUUGAGGAGAGAUGGAUCCAGCAGCUCCAGGCCCUCUGGACCCUAGUGUCCUUACGAUGCAGGCGAGUCACAGGAGCAGUGUGCUAUGGGAUGUAUAAGUCAUUGAGCUUACCCCUUUUGAAAUUAUUACUUCAUAAUACUUUAAAUUGAAGCUAACGUAAUAUUUUGAUUUAGGUGUCCGAUACGGAAACCAUAUACACCAGGCAUCGCGUACGGGAGAGUCGAUCGGGCGCUACUCACGGCUUUAGUCGAGCGGUGGCGCCAGGAGACUCAUACCUUCCACCUACCUAUAGGUGAGGCUACCGUCACGUUACUUGACGUAGCUGUUCUUACACGGCUUCCCAUCGAGGGACAUGCCGUGUGCAUCGAUGCACGCCAGUUCGAAAGCUGGCAAGACAAAGUCCAAAGAGUAUUAGGAGUGCGACCUCCGGCUGAGGUAACCAAAGGGAGUAGCCUGCGUGUAACAUGGCUUGCACAAAACUUCUCGCAACUCCCUAAAGGUGCUGAUGACGCCACCAUUGAGAGAUACGCUAGUUUAUCUGAUUGGUGCUGUCUUGUUCUCCGACAAGACUGGCAACCGAGUACAACUAUUGUACUUGACGUUGCUUGAUGCGCCAUGGGAGGUCAUCUCCGGGUACAGCUGGGGUUCGGCAGCCCUAGCGUAUCUGUACAGGAGACUUUGUGAAGCUUCACAGAAGAACGUGAAGGAGAUCGCUGGUCCCCUGAUUAUUCUACAGCUUUGGGCAUGGGAGCAUGUUCUCAUUGGUCAACCGAUGAGGAGUGUGGGUCGUGGUGCAUUUGCGCCACCACUGCUUCCUCCCCCGCAUGUGCCAUAUGGAUCGCGGUGGUCCUUUGAAAGACGAUCAAGGACCCACACUGGAUCGGGCGUGGGGUUCUACCGCGAUCAGCUCGAUCUAUUACGUGCUGACCAGUUUCUAUGGGACCCUUAUCCCGCUGAGGCAUACGCUGCAUUACCUCAGCACUCGGGCAUAUUGUCAGGGGCGUGGAGAGCAUCUGUACCUCUGAUCUGCUUCGACAUGGUCGAAGUGCAUCUCCCUGAGCGCGUACUGCGCCAAUUUGGGAUGGUACAGGGCAUCCCGCCUCCAUGCGACACAGAAGCGGAGCUCCACCACUCUCGCAAGGGUCGGGAUCCCAAGAACUGGCUAGAGGUCAACUGGCGGCAUGUCGCUCGUUGGGAGCACAGGCUAGAUCUGCUUGCCCAAGGUGCGCCGAUCGAGGCUGCAGGCGCACCUACUACGGCGAAUUACAUGCCGUGGUUCCUCUCCAUUACUCGCCGAUGGAUGACACCACGAGGUAUCUUGGCGGCAUCCCAGUACAAUCCCGCAGCACCGACGAUGACACACUUUGCACAGGGCAUUACAUCAGUCAUCGGCUCCUCCCAAGAGGAGCCCGUACGGGAGAUUUCCCAAGGCAUACUCCAAGGCACGCAGUUUCAACACUUCAUUCCGGAAGUAACUGCGCCCCACACCACUACGUACGCGUACGAGUCAUCUGCUCAUCAACCCGACGUUCAUCUUGAGGAGGUUGACUUAACGUGUCCGGACUACGGUGUCGGGUCCUCACAGGGUGCCACAUCAUCAAACUAUCAAUCCCCUCCCCUACCCGAGCGUCAUGCGACUGCAUCUUACUAUCGUAGGAGGCGUCGUAAACCGUCACAAUUAGACAGGGUACAGGAGGAGGAUUAGCAUUGCAAUAGUUUUGUAAUUAUUGAACAUUUGUACAUACUCAUUUGUAACUGUUGGUCUUUUGUGUGUAAAUUGUAACAUAUAUGUACAUGUAUAUAUUUUUACUGUAGUAUCACUCGUUUAUUAUGAGUGAAUUGAUGUUAACUACUCAAACUUUUGGGCGAUGAAUCAUUCCGCGAACA